ACAUACAUUACUCAUAGGAGGUGGAGGAGAGGGGAGGAGGGAGACUACGUGCACUAUUAGUCUAUGGUCCUCUGGGCUGUCACAUGCCAUGUCAGGCACUCCCACUCCCAUUGAUGAAAUGUGCAUGUCGAGUGCUCAGCCCUGCACAGUGCAUCAUCACAGGAGCCGCUGCUGUACACACACACACACGGAGGGGGCACUGGUGCCAGUGAACUUUCCCUGCCUGCACCCCAUCAGUAGGGCGGGGGGGGGGGGAGAGGAGAACAUCACCCACCUCUCCCCUGUACAGGAGUUUGUUUGCGUUACCUCCCACUUGGAAGCCUCGUAUUAAUGCCAGCCGAUUGAUGCCACUUCCUAAUUGACUCAAGUGUCACACGUCUCGCGUCAACCCUUAGCCAGAACGCUCUUGCAAACAUGUCUUCGCUUCGGAAUGAUUAUAGCAAAGCAAUGUCUGGAGGAGGGACGUCGCAGUUUCAGGAGGCCAUCAUACAGGAGCUGGAGGAGGCUAUGAAGACGGAUCUAGAAAAAAUCCUGUCUACGGCACCGGAGUCUGAACUAGAGCAUACUAAGAAAGACUUGGAAGGCUUCCAGAAGUUGUUUCAUCGGUUCUUACAAGAGAAAGGUCCAUCUGUUGAUUGGGGAAAGAUCCAGAGACCCCCAGAGGAUUCCAUUCAGCCGUAUGAAAAGAUAAAGGCCAGAGGUCUGCCAGACAACAUCGCAUCUGUCCUCAACAAGCUGGUCGUCGUCAAGCUGAAUGGAGGUUUGGGAACCAGCAUGGGCUGUAAAGGCCCUAAAAGUCUUAUAGGGGUUCGGAAUGAGAACACCUUCCUAGAUCUCACUGUGAAACAAAUAGAGCACUUGAACAAAACGUACAACACCGGUGUCCCUCUUGUGUUGAUGAAUUCCUUCAAUACCGACGAAGACACCAAGAAAAUCGUGCAGAAGUACAGCCACUGCCGGGUGAAGAUCUACACGUUCAAUCAGAGCAGGUACCCAAGAGUAAAUAAGGAAUCCUUAUUACCCAUAGCCAAGGACCUGUCCUACUCGGUGGAGAACGCUGAAGCCUGGUACCCUCCCGGGCACGGUGAUAUCUAUGCCAGCUUUUACAAUUCAGGACUUUUAGACACUCUCAUAGAUGAAGGCAAAGAAUAUAUUUUUGUUUCUAACAUUGAUAAUCUUGGUGCUACUGUGGACCUCUACAUCCUCAAUCACCUCAUGAAUCCACCAAAUGGAAAGCGCUGUGAAUUUGUCAUGGAGGUCACAGACAAGACCAGGGCGGAUGUCAAGGGAGGUACGCUCACUCAGUAUGAAGGAAAGCUGCGUCUGGUGGAAAUCGCUCAGGUGCCCAAGCCUCAUGUGGACGAGUUUAAAUCGGUGUCAAAAUUUAAGAUCUUUAACACAAAUAAUCUGUGGAUAUCCUUGUCUGCUAUCAAGAGACAGCAAGAAGCCAAUGCCAUUGACAUGGAAAUCAUAGUUAAUCCCAAGACCUUGGAUGGAGGCUUGAAUGUCGUUCAGCUGGAGACCGCUGUGGGAGCCGCUAUUAAGAGUUUUGAGAACUCGCUGGGCAUUAAUGUACCUCGAAGCCGCUUCCUGCCUGUAAAAACUACAUCUGAUCUCCUCCUGGUCAUGUCCAACCUGUACAGCCUUAAUGCGGGUUCACUGACAAUGAGCGAAAAGAGAGAGUUCCCCACCGUGCCUCUCGUCAAACUGGGAAGCUCAUUCACCAAGGGCACAGUGAUUAUCAUUGCAAACCAUGGUGACCGGAUUGACAUCCCCCCUGGAGCCGUUUUAGAAAACAAAAUAGUGUCUGGAAACCUGCGGAUCCUGGAUCACUGAGGCCGUCUAUGUACAUACUUUUUACGUAUGAUGUACAGUAUAUAAUUACACAGACGGCUGGUUACUAGCUGAUCUGAACUCUGUGGUCUCCACUGUCAGUAUUGUAGUUGUCUGUGCUCUCUAUAGUCCCUAUUUAAGAAGAAAGCCCAAUCUAUAUUUAGAAGCAAUAAAUAAAAUAUUUAGUAGUGUAAUAAAAGAUAUACCCUGGUAAUGUGCAAUACCGUCCUGAAUUGGGAACAAUUAAAGGACAAAUCUAACCUUGUGUCUGAUUUUCUUUCUUGGAGUUUGUUGCCAUCAGAACCAAAACAACAUAAAAAUGUCCGGGAAACCAUUUGCUGACACUAAAGUGUGAUGUUAUAAGGAAUGUCGCUUAUGAUUUGUCUUUGUUUGUACCCCAUAAUUGUAAGCGCUGCGGAAUCUCUAGGCGCUAUAUAAAUAAAAUGAUUAAUAUUAUUAUGAGA